AUGACCGACCAAGGCCUCUUCUCCAACGACCUCAUCUCUCCUGAGGUUGCGGCCUCCCUCCCCGAAGGCUAUUCCGUCCGCGCCCUCCGUCGCUCCGACUACGAUGUGGGAUUCCUCGACUGCUUACGCGUGCUGACGACGGUGGGCGAUGUGUCGCGCGAGGCCUUCGACGAGCGGUAUGAGUGGAUGGCGGGUCAGGAUGGGUACUAUAUUCUUGUGGUAGAGGAUACAGCGAGGAAGACCGUUGUUGGUACGGGGGCUUUGAUUGUUGAGAAGAAGUUCAUCCACAGCUUGGGCCAGGUCGGCCACAUCGAAGACAUCGCCGUCGCCAAGGACCAGCAAGGCAAGAAGCUCGGCCUACGAAUCAUCCAGGCCCUCGACUACGUCGCCGAGAAGGUGGGCUGCUAUAAGAGCAUUCUUGACUGCAGCGAGGCGAACGAGGGCUUUUAUAUCAAGUGCGGUUUUAAGAGGGCCGGCCUGCAGAUGGCGCAUUACUACGAGGGAUCCAAGAGUAAAUCUUCGUGA